GGCCCCCACAUGUGUUCAUUUUCAGUUGCACUUGAACUACAGUAUAACCUAAGCAGAAGAUUUAAAUUCUGCGUACACGUGACUCGUGUUUUUAUUUAGUAUAUUUAUUUGAAACCGUCAAAUAAUUCACCAUGAGUUCGGGUUUGUUUGUUUCUAAAAACUUUGAAGAUGAAGUCAGUGCCGAGCAGGAUCAUUUGGCUGUGUUAAGACAGCAAAUUGCAGCGAGAGCAGCAGAGAGAGAAAAACAACAAAAAGAGGCAAAAAAAAAUGAGGUCAAUGAAAAAGAUCUUAAUGCUCCAGCAAGUAAAACACAGACUGACAACAAUGUUAAAUCAAUUGAAGAGAACGAAGGAAAACAAGGUGAAGGAAAGAAGGCUAAAGUGCUAUCAAACUUUACAAUUUUAGGCAAAAAACAAAGUACAAAACAGUUGAAAGUUAAAAGAGUAUUGCAAGAUUGGAUAGCUCAUCCAAAAGUUGUGAACUCAGAGCUUAGUAAAGGUGAAAGUGUUGACAGUUUUGAACCAUUGUUGGACUCGCAUCUAAUAACAAAACUCAAGAAUGAUGGUUUUGAUAAAUUAUUUCCCAUUCAAGCAACUGCAUUGAAAUGGUUACUUGAUACUCAUCAACAUUAUAGACAAGGCAUGAGGCCACGAGAUACAUGUAUAUCUAUGCCAACUGGAAGUGGAAAAACGUUGUCCUAUGUUCUACCAAUUAUACAAAUACUUAAAAAUAAGUUUGUUCGGUUGGUUCGAUGUCUGAUUGUGUUACCAACGCAAGAGUUGGCUACACAGGUGUAUAAAGUUAUGACUACAUAUACUAAAGACACUCAUUUAAAAGUAGCUGUAAUAACAGGAGCUUCAUCAUUUGAUGAAGAACAAGAAAAAUUAGUGAAAAAAGAGGAAAACGGAGAAUAUAUUAGUAAAGUUGACAUAGUAAUUGCUACACCAGGGCGUUUGAUUGAUCAUAUAAAAAAAACAGAAGGGUUUAACUUAGAAGCUUUAAGAUUUUUAGUAAUCGAUGAAGCAGAUCGCACUACAGAUUGGCUGCGAUAUCUUCCACCUCUACAAGUUACACCUCCACAGAUAACAGUGAAUAACUCUUUUGUUGGUCUUAAUUGUAAAUUACCAGCUCAGAAGAUUCUUUUAAGUGCUACUUUAUCUUUAAACCCGGAAAAUCUUCACGAUUUUUGUCUUCAUGAUCCAAUACUCUAUACAUCAGCAGCCGGUGAUCUGAGUGAAUUAGAUGGAGAUUUGAAUCUUGACGAAGAUUUCACUAGCUGCUAUGGAAAUCCCAGUGAACUGACUGAGAGAAUUUUCCAGAGCUCCCAAAUGCAGAAGCCUCUUGCAGCCUAUCAUUUGCUCUUGAAAAAGAAGGCAUACAAGAAAGCUUUAGUUUUCACAAAUUCCUGUGAGUCUGCUCACAGUUUAGCUCUGCUUUUAGCAUUUCUUGGUGAAGAAAAGAAAAUUACAGUAGGAGAACUCACUGCUCAACUUGGCUCUAAACAACGAGAACAGACUCUCAACAAAUUCAAAGAUGGAUCUUUACAAGUACUCGUGAGUUCUGACGCUCUAGCUCGUGGAUUAGACAUUCCUAAAAUAAAAUUAGUGAUCUCCUACGAUCUUCCAAAACACGUCAAGGGCUACAUACAUCGUGCUGGCAGAACUGGACGUGGAGGUGUUCCUGGUACAGCCGUUUCUAUUCUUUUAGACAAUCAGAUUCCUCAUUUCUCCAAGAUGUUACGUAAUGUCGGCAAGACUGUACCAGAGGUCGAGACCGAGAGUCUCGAUGAAUUGGCCGAGUCUGUGGGUUACAAGAAGCAUUUGGAAAAACUGCAAGAAAAGCUUGACUUGGAAGACGAGGAGAAAAAGUUGUCAGGCAAAGCAGUAAAACGACCGAAAAGAAACUAAAAAAUGUUCUCGAUGCCCAUUGAAAUAAUAUUUUUGGUCCUACGUUGAAGACGAAAUAGUACAUUAUGCAACGGGGGCAGGAGAUUGACGACCGUCCCAGUUGCGUAUUAUAUUUUUGUUGUCAAAGCGUACAGGAAGUCGAUUUGAGGAUUUUUCCGUACGCUGUGCUGUGUGAAAAAGUAGCACUUUCAUCAUGUAGUGAUAAAAAUUUUAUUUUCUGUCGGGGGUUGAAAAAAAAGUUUGAGCAUCAUCUGCAACAUUAUCAUCAUUAUUAGGAGCAUUAUAAGAGAUGAAAAAGAAUGUCUAGAUCGCAUGUAAAUUAAUAAUCGAGGCGACAAAGCAGCCGUGUUUUAUUUCGGCAUCGCUUCGGAUUUUUUUUUUUUUUUUUUUUUAAAUAUAAAUUUAAGUAUAUCUAUACCAAUUACAUAAUUUCAUGCCUGGGUUGAAGAUUUAUAUGUGAUCCAAGAUGUACCUUUUAUCUCUAUUGAUCCGUAAUCGAAAAUUUUAAAGCAGUGUAAAUCAAUUUUCAUCAAUAAAUAAACUGGAA